UAACUGUCGGUCAUUCAAGCGCCCAGCGACAGACUCGCGCAGCCGAAACGGCUCUGAGGUUACACGUUUAGGAGCCAAUAAGACACGUCCUUAAGUCAUUCUGAAAUUCACCCCCAAGCUCCUCUCUCCAUCUCAGGCUUGGCCUGAUCCCUUCAUCUCACAGUCCCUUUCCAGCAGACGUGAGUCUAAACAUGGACCUGAGCAACAUACUGCUGUUUCCUGUGCAUGCACUAGUGUGGCUGUACUCCCUCCUGAGCUUUCUGCCAUGGUACUUCCUCACGGGAGCUCAGGAAAAGAAAGCCCUGGCAAAAAGGCUCAAAUCCAAGUCUACCACAGGUGAAACGGAUGGACCUUACCGCUCCAUUGAUCGAUUCGACUCCCUGGUGACGGUGGAUUUCCCUGGAAAAGACACCCUUGACAAACUGUUUGACUAUGCCGUGCAGCGUUUUGGUAAAUUGGACUGCCUGGGAACUCGAGAAGUUCUGAGUGAAGAAAAUGAGACCCAACCGAGUGGGAAAGUCUUCAAAAAGUUAAUUCUUGGUGAUUAUAAGUGGAAGUCAUAUGAGGAUCUGGAUGUUGAGGUCAGUCAGUUUGGGAGUGGGCUGGCAGCGCUAGGCCAAAAGCCAAAAAGCACCAUUGCUAUUUUCUGCGAGACACGUGCGGAGUGGAUGAUUAUGGCUCAGGCCUGCUUCAGACGCAAUUUCCCAUUGGUGACCUUUUAUGCUACUCUUGGAGAAGAGGCAGUGGUUUUUGGAUUGAAUGAGUGUGGAGUUACCCACCUCGUUACCAGUGUAGAACUGCUGGAAAGCAAACUGAAAAGUGUCCUUCCUCAAAUCCCCAAUCUGAAGCACAUCAUCUAUGUGGAUAGGAAGGGUACCGACACUGCAGGAUAUCCACAGGGCAUACAGGUCCACAGCAUGCACUCUGUGGAGGAGCUGGGAGCCAAGCCAGAAAACCUGAGUAGAGAAAUAGUGAAGCCUGUUCCAUCAGACCUUGCUGUUAUUAUGUACACCAGCGGUUCCACUGGCAGACCUAAAGGGGUGAUGAUCAUCCAUAGUAACCUCAUCGGGGGCAUGGCAGGCCAGUGUGAAAGGAUACCUGGCUUGGGCCCAAAGGACACAUACAUUGCUUAUCUUCCUUUGGCUCAUGUGCUGGAAAUGACUGCUGAGAUCUCAUGUGUGGCCUAUGGCUGCAGGAUUGGCUAUUCCUCCCCACAAACACUGUCUGAUCAGUCAACCAAGAUUAAGAAGGGAAGUAAAGGUGACUGCACUGUGCUGAGACCUUCCUUAAUGGCAUCUGUACCUGAAAUAAUGGACAGGAUCAAUAAGAAUGUCAUGAGUAAAGUGCAGGAAAUGAGCUGUGUACAGAGGACACUGUUCAAAAUGGCUUAUGAGUACAAGCUCAAGCAGAUCAAGAAAGGUUAUGACGCGCCACUUUGCAACAUUGUGUUUAAAAAAGUGAGGGCCCUGCUGGGUGGGAACGUGCGUAUGAUGCUGUCCGGAGGAGCACCGCUGUCUCCUGCCACUCAACGCUUCAUGAACAUAUGUUUCUGCUGUCCUGUUGGUCAAGGAUAUGGUCUUACGGAGACCUGUGGAGCAGGCACUAUAACUGAGGUUGCAGACUACAGCACUGGACGAGUAGGAGGGCCUCUGAUAUGUUGUGAAAUCAAACUAAAAGACUGGGCAGAAGGUGGCUAUACAAAGCACGACAAGCCUCAUCCUCGUGGUGAAAUCCUCAUCGGAGGUCCUAAUGUGACCAUGGGCUACUACAGGACUGACAGCUCGAACAAUGAUGACUUCUAUGUGGAUCAGAAUGGUCAGCGAUGGUUCUCUACUGGUGAUGUCGGGGAGAUGCACCCUGAUGGCUGUCUUCAGAUUGUUGAUCGCAAGAAAGACCUUGUGAAACUUCAGGCUGGGGAGUAUGUGUCUUUAGGCAAAGUUGAGUCGGCAUUGAAGAGCUGUUCUCUUGUUGACAACAUCUGCGCGUAUGCAAACAGUGACCAGAACUAUGUCAUCAGCUUUGUUGUUCCUAAUCAGAAGCAGCUCACUGCUCUUGCCAAUCAGAAGGGUAUUGAGGGAACAUGGGAAGAGAUCUGCAAUCAUCCAAUUAUGGAGAGAGAAGUUCUGAGAGAAAUUAAAAAAGUUGCAAAUUCAAUUAAACUACAGCGCUUUGAGAUACCAGUCAUGGUCCAUUUGAGUCCGGAGCCAUGGACGCCUGAGACAGGCCUAGUGACAGACGCAUUCAAACUGAAGAGGAAGGAACUGAAGAACCACUAUCUUAAUGACAUCGAAAGAAUGUAUGGCCACAAGUAG